AUGUCUGGCAUCACACUCAGCCGGCUCGCCCAGGAAAGGAAGGCCUGGAGGAAAGACCACCCCUUCGGUUUUGUAGCUGUACCAACAAAAAAUCCAGAUGGCACGAUGAAUCUCAUGAAUUGGGAAUGUGCUAUUCCAGGCAAGAAAGGGACACCGUGGGAAGGAGGCCUGUUUAAACUACGGAUGCUCAUCAAGGAUGAUUAUCCCUCUUCGCCACCAAAAUGCAAAUUUGAGCCCCCGUUAUUCCACCCGAAUGUGUACCCUUUAGGCACAGUGUGUCUGUCCAUCCUAGAAGAGGAUAAGGAUUGGAGGUCUGCCAUCACAAUCAAACAGAUCUUGUUAGGAACUCAAGAACUCCUAAAUGAACCAAAUAUUCAAGACCCAGCUCAAGCAGAGGCCUACACAAUUUACUGCCAAAACAGAGUGGAGUAUGAAAAGAGGGUUCGAGCACAAGCCAAGAAAUUUGCGCCAUCAUAAGCUCCUGUCAUGUCGCAUCUUAAAGGAAGGGAUUAAUUUGCCAAGAACUUGUUUACAAAACUUUUGCAAAUCUAAUGUCGCUAUGUACAAUUAAUAGUCACUUAGGGGAGGGGGUUGUAUGUGUGCCAUUUUUCCAUAUUCGCCACUU